AUGCCAGAAUAUGAGGAAGUUCUUUGCAUUUUAAAAUCAGAAAAAUCAAAUUUAAACCUAUGGGUUGAUUUAGCUGUUUGUAUUAUUUAUAAAAUAUAUUUAGCAUAAACAUGAAUGUAAAAUAAUGAUUUCUGUCUUCAAUAUUUAGUUGGCAUAUUACAAAAACGGCAAUCCAAAUGCUUUGAUUAGGUUGUUGGAAAUGUCACGCAGUAACGCAAGUUUAGAAUAUAAAGAUAGUGACAAAGAUCAAAUGAGGGCUUUAGAUAUGUUGGGAACAUAUUAUGUGCAAACAGCUACUCAGGAAAAAGAUAAAGGUAAACGUCGUGAAUUGCAUAUUAAAGCAACACAUUUAUAUUCAACAGCGGAUAAAAUUAUGAUGUACGAUACAGUGAGUAUUCAAUUGUACUUAUACAUAAAUAUAUUCAAUAUUUGUAAAUAUUUUAUAAAUUUGAUAGAAUCAUGUAUUAUGCCGGGCAUUCUUUUGCUUAGCAGAAGGUAAUAAAAUUGAGCAGGCUGACGCUCAAUUUAAUUUUGUCUUAAACCAAUCGGUAAAUAAUGUGCCUGCUCAAUUAGGCAAAGCGAAUAUUGCUUACAACAGGAAGGAAUACAAAGAAGCUCUAACAUAUUAUAAAAAGGCAUUGCGCAUUAAUCCUCAGUGCCCUGCUGAUGUUCGACUGGGUAUGGCACAUUGUUUUUUAAAGCUUGGAAAUGAAGAAAAAGCGCGUUUAGCAUUCGAACGUGCUUUAAAAUUGGACUCUAAAUGUGUCGGUGCAUUAGUAGGUCUAGCUAUUAUAAAGUUGAAUGGAGAAAAUCCUGGUAACAUUAAACUAGGAACAACUAUGUUAUCAAAAGCAUAUAAUAUAGACCCAAAUAAUCCAAUGGUGUUAAAUCAUUUGGCCAAUCAUUUUUUUUUUAAAAAAGAAUACGCCAAGACUAAGCUACUUGCUGAGCGUGCAUUACUUAACACCGAAAAUGAAGCUAUGAGAGCUGAAAGUUGCUAUCAUAUGGCUAGAGUAUUUCAUGUGCAGGUAAUACAAUUUUAUACUUAUAAAUAUUAUAACCUUUCUUAAACUAAUUAACAUAAUAAUACCAACUAUUUUCACUAAGGCUGAUAAUCAAAAAGCAUUUCAAUAUUAUUAUCAAGCUACUCAGUUUGCAUCAACAACAUUUGUACUUCCACAUUAUGGUCUUGGUCAAAUGUAUAUUCAUGGAGGAGACAUGGAAAAUGUAUUACUUAAAACGUUUUUUUUUAAUCAAAAUAUAAUGUUAUAAUUUUAAUAUACUAAUUGGUUUUUUUUUCGGAAUUAAUUUAGGCUGUUCAAUGUUUUGAAAAAGUUCUUAGAGCUCAACCUAAUAAUUAUGAAAGUAUGAAAAUCCUUAGCUCAUUGUAUGCAUCUUCUAAUAAUCAACAAAAACGAGAAAUUGCAAAAAGUCAUUUAAUGAAAGUAUUUAAUUUUUCCACUUUGAAAGUUACAUACGUUUACUUAAUGUUAAUAUUUUAGAUAACUGAACGUUUCCCUGAAGAUAUAGAGGCUUGGAUUGAACUUGCUCAGAUAUUGGAACAAUCAGAUUUAUGCGGAUCAUUAUCUGCAUAUGAUAAAGCUCUAGAUUUAAUACAUAAAAGUGGACAAUGUAUAAUUCCGCCUGUACUACUUAAUAAUGUUGCUGCAUUAAAUUUUAGGUAGGAUUGUGGAUUAAUACUAUUGCACACAUUAUAUAAUUAUUUUAUAAUUAAAGACUCGGAAAUUUGGAUGAAUCUCGAACUAAACUUGAAGAAUCUUUGACUGCUUCAAAAGAAAUGAUUUUAGCCAACCCAACAGAGCAUGAAAGCUGUAUAUCAAUAACAAUUACAUAUAAUUUGGCUAGAUUAUUAGAAGCACAAUGCCAGUUUCAGAAAGCCAAAACAUUGUACAAAGAUAUUCUCAAGGAGCAUCCUAAUUACAUUGAUUGUAUACUUACUACAUAUUUGAUUAAAUUUAAUGCUACUGAACUGUUAGAAUGUUAUAUUGUAUAUUGCAGGUUAUUUACGUUUAGGUUGUAUGGCUAGAGAUCGAAACCAGAUUUAUGAAGCUUCUGAUUGGUUUAAAGAAGCGCUGCGUAUCGAUAAUGAACAUCCUAAUGCCUGGACAUUACUUGGUAAUUUACAUUUUUCAAAAAUGGAAUGGGGUCCUAGUCAAAAAAAGUUUGAACGCAUUUUAAGAGUAUGUAUAGUAUAGCUUGUAUUAUGGUGCAUGCCGCUUAGUAAAUGGUAAUUAUUUUACUUUGUUUUUAUCAAGAAUCCAUCGACUAUUAAUGAUCCAUAUGCAUUAAUUUCUAUGGGAAACAUUUGGAUGCAAACAUUAUAUCAACCGACUUCAGAUAGAGACAAAAAAAUGAAAAACCUGGAAUUGGCCUUACAAUUUUAUUCUAAAGUCUUAAAAAGUGACCCUAAGAAUAUUUGGGCUGCUAAUGGAAUUGGUUAGUAAAUGAGUAAAGAAUUAUUUAUAACUCAUCAUUAUAUGUCACGUCACACAAAAUUGAAUAAUUUAAUUUAACUUAGAGUUUUUUUUUAAACAUUGUUGGUUUUUACCUAUAUAUUUGUCAUAGAAUUAAUAACCCUACAACUAGAGCCCGGAUUUAUAUACAAUAAAAAAUAUCAAAAUAUGUCAUAUAAUAUGCAGUUAAAAUCAAUAAAAUAUGCAUUAAAAAAAUGUAUAAUUAAAAAUUAUAUUAAGUAUGAAAAAAUAUUAAUGUCUAAAUAAAUACAUAAAUAUUUCUUUUUAAAAAUAAAAUAAAAUAUAUAACUCAAAUGCCUUUUUAUUCUACAUUGUUAAAAUUAAUUAUUAAAUGAUAUUCAAGUUCUCGUUCAGUAAAACUGUGCCGUCUAUCUGUUAAUAAAUGCUUUUUUAUCGAAAAUGAUUGUUUAACAUCUACUGAAGUUAUUGGGGCAAAUUUAAAAGAGCUUAAAAUCAUUAGGUCUCGAUAGCUUUCAUCUAGUUGAACCGCUUCCGCUUCCCCUAAUAAUACUUUGUUAAUUUUAUGUAAUAUUUUUAGGCCUUUGUUUUUGGAGAAAAUAUCAUUUAAUUUUGUUUUAAUGUUGUCCAUUUAGGUCCAGGAAUAAUGUUUAUAUUUUCUUCUAAUUCACUUAUUAAAUAAAAACUUUCAAAUAAAAUCAUAUUUUAAGUUCCUAGUUUUUUAAUUAUUUCAACUAAAUAUGACAAAUGAGUUGAUAUAGUUAGUUCAUUCAUUCAUUCAUUAGUAGAUAUAUUAGUUCAUUCACAACCGAUUUAUCUUUAAUAAUAUCAAGUACUUUUUUAACACAUUGUGCAUCAUCUUCUGUGAGCUUUCCAAUUAUCUUUUGAUAUUUUAUAAAAUAUUCCCCAUCAUAUAAAGUAGCGACUAUCCAUAUCCCCCUCCUUGUUAUUACCGAGAUGGGAGUUAAAGGUAUAUUUUCCAUUUCAUCUCUGAAAAUUAAAAUUCUGCUCGGUGAUUUUAAAAAUAUUUUUUUUACCAUUAUUAAUUAAAAUGUUAAUAUUUGAAAAUAAUUCGCGAAUUUGUUCAGUUAUAAGAUUACAAGCAUAUGCAAUACAAGUUACAUGUACCAUAUUAGAAUCAAACAACUUCAAAGAUUUUUCCCGAUUUUAACAUGUAUAAAGCAGCGUCUGUCAAUAAAAGUAAUACACGUCUUUCCAUGCCUACAUAGAUCCAUAAUAAUUUGAAUGAGUCAUUUAUGAAUUGACUAAUAGUUUCACUGUUCGUUAUAUUUAAUUGUUUGGAUGCCAAAAGACAAGGUAGCCCUGCAUAAUCCUUUUUUAGGACACCUAGAAGUAAAUUAGCGAUUCAUAAACCCCUCGCAUCAGUGGUUUCAUCAACUACAACGUAAAUAAAAUUGUUUCCUUUUUUUUCUUUUAUUUUGCCAUUUUUUUUUUUGAUAAAAAAUUUUUCCGCCAUGAACUUUCGUCUGGUAUAGAUUGGUUGGUAUAUUUUUACAAGAAAUUUCGAAAUGGUUUGCUUUGUAAUUUAUAUAAAGGUAGAUUGGAUAAAACCAUAGUGAAACAUAAAUCUUCGAAAAAGCUGGAACUAGGUGGGGAGCUAGUCAAAAUUAAUUGUUGUUUUUGAAAUAUUCGUUUGAUUACAGACACAUGCACAACUAUAAUACAAGAAAAAAAUGUCUAAUAACUAUGUUUAUAUUACGCCUGCAUGUAAUUAAAUUAUUUGUUUAAAUUAAGGAAUUACCUGUUUUCAUAUGUUGAUCCAACUGUGAUUUUCUUUCAUAAACUAUAUGUUUUCCACAUGCGUUACAAAAUAUUAUUUUUCCAUCUGACAUAAAAACUUUUGCGUAUUGGUUUACACAGGAAAUCCACUCACGUAUUUUAGAAAUAAAAGAACUACAAACUUUACUACAAAACUGCAUUUUGCACUUUUUACAUUUUUUAAAUUAGUAUAUUUUUAUUGGUACGAUAUUAACAUUAAACAAUGUCGAUGUCAAUUGCCAACACGGUUGUAAUUCGAGAACAGUUUACUAAAUGUUCAUUUCAUAGCCUGUAGGUUAUAUUAUAAAAUUAAAUGUACUACAUCGAUAACGACGAUAUAAAGAUUAAAUUACAGCAGGUGAGCUAUUUCUAUUAAUACGAUGGGAUUACCUCGACCAUUUCUAAUGUACAUUUAUCGUAAAUUUUUCAUGACAGAGCAUUCAUAAAAAUAUGCAACGAUGGGCAUUUAUAGCCAAAAAUGUAUUUACGAUCAAAUAUACAGAUAAUGUGCAAAAUCAAAAAUGAACAAUAAAUUCCAAUUGGUAUGAUUUGUCAAGAUUAUUAACAAACAUUCAAAAAAGGAAAAAAAAAUGCAAAAACCUAAAAAUCCGGGCUCUACCUAUAACAUAACCAUAUCUAUAUGUGAUUUACAUUUAAUACGUUUUUAAAUAAAUUAAAAUUAACUUCUUUUUAGUUAAUAUUAUAAAUCUACUCUCCCCGAACUUUUCUGCUGGCUAAGGUAUUUUGGGUUGAUAACUAUAUUAAAAAUUAUAUUGAGUGAUAAUGUCACUUGAUCAAAAAUGUAAUAACUUGUCUUGUUUAUAUCUAUCAAUUUUCCUUCGAAAUCAUUUUAACAUACCUAAAUCACCAUACAGUUAUCACCCAUUUUACAUUAAAUGUUGAACCAUUUGGUAUACUAUUUAAUUAAGACCAUAUAUCCUAACAUUUUCUUAACGAUUUUAACACAAGUGUAAAUAUUUAAAAGAAGUCCUUCCACUAAUCCAUUUUCUUAAGGCAUAUUUUUUUUUAUUUCUUAAGGUUGUGUUGUAGCUCAUAAAAAUUAUAUAGCUGAAGCAAAAGAUAUAUUUGCUCAAGUAAGAGAAUCUACUGAUGAUUUUUGUGACGUUUGGUUGAAUAUUGCACAUAUAUAUACUGAACAAAAACAAUAUAUUAAUGCUAUUCAAAUGGUAUGUUGGUUUAAAAUGGACGAUUUUUAUUCAUACACAUUAUACAUUACUCAUAUGUCUAAACUUAAUAAAAUUAUGUAUUGUGGUUUAGUAUGAAAACUGUAUGAAGAAGUUUUUUAAACAUGAUAAUAUUGAAGUUCUUCAAUACCUCGGACGAGCUUAUAUUAAAGCAGGGAAAUUUACAGAAGCAAAGUUUACAUAUUUAAAAGUAACAAAGAUAAUUAGCAUUGUAUAUAUUGAAUAUUAGAAUACAAUUUUUAAUUGUAUAUUAUAAUGUUAUUAAUUUUAUUAUAUUAGGCUCAAAGAGUUGCUCCUCAGAACCCUGUUAUCUUAUACAAUAUAGCAUUUGUAUUAAAACUAUUAGCAUCUAAAAUUUUGAAAGAUGAAAAAUCUAACUUGAAUGAUGUGCUUCAAGCUGUAAAUAACCUAGAAUUAUCACAUAGGUACUCACGUCUAAAUAUUUGUAAAACGCUUAUCUACUAAAUUACUAAAUUGCUCACUAUUUAUAGAUAUUUUCUACAUCUUUCUAAUACUGGUGACCGUAUGAGAUAUGAUGUUACUACAGCUGGAUUGGAAGCAACACGGUGUCAAGACUUAUUAUCUCAAGCGCAAUAUCAUGUAGCGCGGGCACGUAAGAUGGAUAAUGAGGAGCGUGAAACACGCCUUAAACAAGAAAUAGAACGAGAAGCAACUCGAGUUAAACAUGCAGAAGAACAUAAUAAAACAUUGAAACAACUAGAAAAACAAAAAGAACAAAUGUUACUAAAACGUCAAGAGAUUAUAGAAAAAACCAAAAUUGCAAAAAUUUUACUUGAACCUGUUCGUGAGAAACGCAAAAUCAAACGACAUACAAAUAAUGCGCCAGAUUCUGAUGAAAGUGUUUCAUCAGAUCCAGAUGACAAUAGAAGUUCAAGAUCCUCAGAGCCUAAUAAAUCAAUAAAAAGGUAUACAUUUGUUUAAAGUUAUUAUAAAUCAAGUAGUCAUCCUUUCUUUCAAGUGCUACUCUCCAUUCCUCAUACUUAUUAACUUCUUACACAUUUUUUUCAAUCAAAACUAUAUCAAAUAUAUGUAUAUAAACUUUAUGCAAACAUUAUGCACAAGCCAUUACAAUAUAAAAUAAGCAAGGACUCAAAGCCGACCCACAAUGCACAUUUAUUGUAACCCCGAAAUCUUCGGUUAGAUACAUACUUCUUACAUUCGCAUUUGAACCUAUAUAUAUACAUAUUCUCUAUUAAACUAAUAUACAAUCUCGCUAUCUCGGGACUCCUAUUUUAUUAAACACCUACAUUAUAAACUCUCUUGGUACUCUGUGAUAAGCCCUCUCUAAAUCUAUAUAAACUAUAGAUAGAUUUUUCUUCUUCUCGCUAUACUUUUCUAUAAUCUGUAUCACAGAAAACACAGGUUCCAUUGUUAAUUUCACUGCGUAAAACCAAACUGGUUCUUAAAUAUUAAUGUCUUACUUUUAAUUAUUUCUAUAAUUUUUCUACAUCUUCAUAAUAUGACUCAUCUAUUUUAUUCUUCUAUAAUUACCCACACUCUAGUACACCUUUUUUUGUUUUGAGUAAAUGUAUGUAUAUUGCCGAUUUAAAACAAUGGUAAAGUCAAAAUUUAGUGGACUAACAUAGUUUCCAAAUUAUAGCUUUUUGAAGUUCUAAUAUUUUGUGGAUAUUAUAUAAAUUAUAUUAAAUAACUCAAUGUUGUCAAAUGUUUAGUAUAUCUGUUGUAGUCUAGUAUUGCUACUUGUUGUCAUUCCAGAGAAUGCAAGUUCAAUCCUGUUUUCAAACCCAAUUUCAAACUCAAAUUAUUUAUAUUUGUUUUUUUCCCUGUUUAGGUAACAUUAUGGGUGCACCAUAGGCGUGUCUACAAUGACAACCUAAGGUGCCAAGGUUGCCUCUGCAAUUUUUGAAAGACGCUGGUCAACCCAAUGUUAUGCCUAGUGGCUUACAACUUUUAUUAAAAAGAAAAAAUGUGCUAUGCAUUUUUAUAUAAUUAUAUUAAUAUUAUUCUCUAUCAGUCUAUCUUUUUGUUAUUAGAUAUACUAACACAUCAUAUAUUUUGUUAAUUACUUAAUUAUAUAGCGGUGUAAUCCAGGCUUGUACGUGAAUAAUAUUUCUAUUGUUAAAUUUAAAAGUGCUAAAAAUAUUGUACAUUAUUAAUUGGAAAUAGAUAAUACAGAUAUUUUUAAAUUAUAUAAAUAUUUAAUUGGGGGGACUAACCACCCUCCUAUUUAAUUUUCGGUUCAUUAAGUAGCUUCGGCCAUUAGCUAGGCUGCCGCUGAGAAUGAAGUCUAGUCACGCUUAUGGGAUACACCUAGAAGCCCAAUUAGUUGCUUGUUCGGACUAUUUUAAUCAAAAUAUACCCUUCGAUUUGUUGUUCAAAAUGUUGUGCUGUGGUAUAUCUAGUAAAGCAUCUUUUCUGAAAGGAAGUCUUAUCUCCGUGGUACUUAAGAGAGGUUAUUUUUUAAUUUUCAAUGCGGUUUUCAUAAUAAUUGGGAAAACAGGGAUGAAUUGUCAAAUAACAGGAAAAUGUACAAAAGUAAUGCUUUUAUGGUUCAGUUUAAUAUAUUCGUAAUGACUUGAAAUUUGGAUAGAAAACUUAUAUUUUGCAUAAUGUGUAUUAACGUUUUAGAUUCUAAAUGGAGCGAAGAAGCGUUGGUUUCAAACGAGAAAAUGUACGACAUAUAUUAGUAACAUUUUUUUUUUUUUCUGUGGACAAUUUUUCUACAAGCAAUUUUGCUCCAAUUUAUAAUGAUAGCGAUUUUUCUAAAAGGAAAUUUUACUGAGGAAGUAAUUUAAAUUUGUCAUUUUUUUGAUUUUCUUAAGAGUUUUCUCAACAAAUAGAAAAAAACAUGGGAAAACGGUACAAUAUUAAACAAAUAUUAUUAAGAAAAUUUAUAUUGUCUAUGUAAUUAUAGAUUACGAUUAUUUUACCAUAAUAUGACAUUUAUGUUGUUGACAAAGUAACAUUAUUAACUCACCUCCGCUUAUAAUCGUUUUUUCGUUAACAAUGAUUUAUCGUUGCCUACAGAUAUACAUUAAAUUUCCCCUUUAAUACUUUUUCAACGUCUCAUCUACUAUAGUGGCCUAUCCAAGCGCGAAGUAUACUCGUAUUUUUUAAAAUUAUAUUCAAUUUAUGUGCAUAAUAUGUUCAUUAUACAAUCUUUUUUAUACGAUAUUAUAAUUGUUUUAAUAAUAUUAAUGAUAGUUUUGUAUUGUAAUUAAGUAUUGAGAUUUGACUGUGUGAAUUUGUUUUGUAUUACUUUAUCUGUACGUGUGAAUAUAAUUAAUACAUUCAAUAAUAUAAUUAACAAUGUAUUACAGUGGCAAAGAUAAAGAAGACAAAAAGAACAAACCUACUAAACGUCCGAGAGAGAGUCUUGCAUCAAGCAAAUCUGGUAGUGAUAGACCAGCAAAUAAGAAACCUCGUUCGGUAUGUUCUUAUUUUUUUUUUUGUGUAUGACUAAGAGCAAUAGUUUAUUAAAUUAUAUACGAUAAAAAUUAUGUUUAGUUGAAGAUCAAAGAAAAGGUAAACAUGUUACCAUCAAAACAAAAAAUGAGAAUUGUAUCAAAGGCCAUUAUAUCGACUAGUGAAAAUGACAGUAGCGAUAGCGAUGUAAAAAAAAGAAUUAUGGGACAGUAAGUGUAUUUUGUUAUUAUUUUAUGAGAAUAUUUUUUUUUUUUUUUUAGAUUCUGAACACUUCGAUGAAUAUAUUGGUUUUACUAUGAUAAGUAUUUUUUUUUUUUUUGUGGAAAUCAUAAAAGCUCUUCUAAUCUUUGCAACAAAAAAGUUUAAUUUUGGAUCUAGUUGAUGCAUUAGAGAAGUAAUUUUUUGAUUUUCUAAUUUUUUUUUAUUGUAAUUCGAUUAAAAAAAUCGCAGAUCUGAAAUUUUCACAGAAUACUUUUCAGCAUUUAAUCUACUUAGUGUUUUCACGACGACUUUUGAGCUAUUUGCACGCAUUUUAAAUUUUCAAAUGACAAUAUUUCAUUAAAAGCUGUGAUUGUGGUGGCAUUGUGAAUAAUAGUGGUUAAAGUAGGAAAAACUUUAAGAGGAAAUAAAAUUACUAAAAAUUGAGAUGCGUUCCCAGGUCCUUACUAAAGUCUAAAUUUAACCAAUUUUUAGAUUCUAAGUGUACCGAAGAAUGUAUUGGUUUUAAUAAGAUGAUAAUUUUUUUUUAUUUUUAUUUUUUUAUCCUGUGUAUAAGAAUCUAACCAUAAAUCUUGCUUAGAUAUAUACGUGCGGCAUCAUUUCUGAAAGAUAAUGUUGUAAAGAUGGUACUUUUAGGAGGUCAUUUUUUGAUUUUCCAAGCGGUUUUCAUAAUAUCUGGGAAAAAUCAGGAUAAAACGUAAGAAAUUUACGAAAACAAUGCUUUUAUUUUUUUUUCAAUUUUGCUAUUCGUUGUAAGUCAGGUAAAAAUAUUCGUAGAAACUUGAAGUUUAGACAAAAAAGUUAUAUUUGCAUUUACUAAACGAGGUAAUAUUUUCAAAAAAUUUAAACUAUUUUUUAGGUAUUCAUAGACAUUUUAAUUUUAAGAGUUUUGUACGUAAUAUUUAUUCAAUAAGUACUCAAUAGUAAAAUUGUUAGACUAGAACAUAAAUGCUUUAAAAUUUAACAGGAAAUUCAUUAAGAGUCUUACUUUGUAGUCAAAAAAAAAAAUUAAGUAAAUGUAGUUUUUUUUUUUUUAUAAGGGAAUUUUAAUAUCAAAUUUUGACGAAAAAUUAUGUGAAACAAAUCUAAUUUUUCAAUUUUUUUUUUUUUUUUUUUGAACAUUUAUAUAUAUAUUAUCUAUUUAAAAACGAUUGUAAAGUCAGAAUUAAGUGGACUGACUAAGUGUCAAAAUUAUAUUUUUUUGGAGCUCAAAGAAAAAAUCUGAUAAUUCUAUAUGAGCAUCAAACAAUAUACUAUGGUUGUGAAUAAAUUCAAUGGAUUUAAAGUAUUUUUCACUUUUACUUUACUUAUUCAUUAGAGCUUCUUUGAUCAUACAAUUUUUUUUAAUUCGUUAAUAUUUUUUUAGUUACAUGUGAUACAAUGAAUCUAAUUUUUCAAUAAAUGAUUAGAAAUGAUUAAUUCCACUUACUUCUUUUAACCAAUCUAAACGGUUAUUACAGCAAUGAGAAAGUACAUAUGGACAACUUUUCUGUAAUAAUAUUCUAAAUUUUGCUUUAUGAGCAACCUUACCUAAAAUUCUCCAUAGAAGCUCCAAAUUACUAAAUAAAUACAAUUUAUUUUCAAAAAUCAAUGUUCUAUAAUAUUCUAGAUAUAGAUUUUUUUACAGUUUUAGCUAAAUAAUUUGAUACUUCAACGAUAUGAAACAAAAAUGUGUAUUUUUCAUAAAGUUCAUCAAUUGCACACCAUAAAUAUAUAACUAACAUAGAUUUACUUACUUAAUAUUGUAGGCUCAUCAAUUAAAACACAUAUUUUUCUAUUAUUUUUCACAAUGUCCACAGAAAUUUCCCUUUUCAUUUUUAAGACCAGACGAUCAAUAAUAUAAGAGCCUACUUAAGUUGAAGUAUUCUUCCCACAUCAAGUCCACUUAUUUCUUGGAGAUCUGUAAGUUUUAGCAAAUUUGUCUAAUGUGUUUAGACAUUCAUUUUUAGUUUUAAGAUAAAAAGGCUGUAUGAAAUAUUCUUGAAGUAUUUUCUUGAUCUGUUGCCAGCAAUGUCAAAAUAUGUUCAUCAAUUUUUUUUUCAGACUCAUUGAUAAAUUUUUGAACAUUAAAAAGCAGUAGAAUUUAUUAAUUUAGCAAUUUAUUUUCUUAAAUGAGUUUUUCCUUUUCUAAUGUAGAACCUGAUGGAUAAACUUCACAAAAUAUCAUUCUGAUAACACUUGUGAUACUUUUUGAUUCAUUACACUUUGAUUUACAUCUCAGAUAACACAUCUAUAGACCAAGACCAUUUUUUAAACACCUCAAACAAAUGUUUACAUCUAUCUGUUAUCUCACUUUAAUUGAUGAAAUAAAAAUGCGUUUAAAAUUAAUAUAUAGUUAACAGUAUAUUGUAUAUUUUAUAGUUUCCAGUAAAUUUUAAAUAAUUUUGAUUCAGAUUGUGUUGAAAUGGUAAAUUUUUUAAAGAUUGCGUAUAGCACUUUUUAGAGGGUUCUAUUUUAGAAGUUUAAAAUAUAUUACGACCUUCAUUUUCCUGUGAACAACUUUUUUGCCAGUAAUUUUACUCCAAUUUAUAAUAAUAGCAGUGUUUCCAAAAGGAAAUCCGACUGGGGAGAUACUUAGGAGGUCUUUUUUCGAUUUUCUCAUGAGUUUUCCAGGCAAGUAUGAAAAACAGAAAAAAAAACCGGAGGAAAAACGUAGGAAAACUGGGAAAAUCGGUACAACAUUAAACAAAUAAUAUAGAAAAUAUAGAAAGCCUUUUUAAUUAUUUUAUUAUAAUAUAACAUUAUAUAUUGUUGACAUAGUAUCACUAUCAACUGAACUCCGCUCAGAAUCGUUUUUUUGUAAGCAAUGGUUUAUCUUUGCUUACAGGUAUAAAUUAAAUUACCUAUAACAGUAGCUGCAUCCGUCCCCAUUAUUCUAAGAUUUCUUUUUUUUAUUUAUUGCAUAUGAGUAUAGGUAUGUUAAAAGUAUACAAGUACAAAAAAUUAAAUGUGACUUUUGUAUUAUUAAUAGCAUAUCUUUUUUUUAUUUGUAUAUAAAUGAUUACGUAAUAAAGUAAGUUUUCAAAAUAAUUAAAGUCGAGCAUUAGUUUUAUUUAAAUAAGAUAUUUUAUUGAUGCUCAAAUAUGAGUUAAAUAAUUUUAAAGUACUAACUAUAAUGUACACUGCUUAGUGUUUUACUAUAUACUGUUUUUAUAAACAAAAAUGUUUGUGGGAGAAUGAUUUUAGAUUUCCAGUAAGUAUACGAAACAUAAAAGUAAAAUACACUAAACAUGAACUGUACUUAAAAUCAGAUUAUACACCAAAUAUAUACAUAUAACAAACCAAACCUAUACAUUUUAUAUAUUUAUUAUAUACUAAAAUUAUACCAGAAACAUAUGUACUUUAUACUAAGUAUACAUGUUUUACAUACGGAAAAUAUAUUUAAUAUAAAUGUAGAAUACCUGGUUAUUUUUAAAGUAUCCAAAUUAUACACCAAAUAUUCAACAAACAUACUCCGCCUUUAAACAAAACAUAUAUUAAAUAUAUCCUUAAAUAUUUGUAAUAAAUACGCGUAGUAUGUACGUCUUAUAUACAGAUUGUUAAUACGCGUUUUAUAAAUCUUCAUUAUAUAAAUCUUAAUCUUAGUGAAAUAGUUGUCUUUUUAACUAGUGGUACACGUAAAUUAUCUCAAUAAAACACCAAAUUCCUUCGUAUAUAACACAUAAUUUGGUGUUCAUAUCUCAGAGUAUAUCUACGUAUAUUAAAUACAUAAUAUUCAUGUAUAUUUUUACUGGACAUGCAUUAUAUAAUAGUCAAAAACUCAUAAUAACUUCCUAUACACGAAUAAAUAAUUAGCUAUCUAAUAAUACGCAUAAUAACUAUUGUAUAGUUGGUACCUAAAUAAACUGAGAAUUUUUUUUUUGUUUUAUGAAUUCGUUUUAUAUUUCAAUAAUAUAUUCUUUACUUGGGCUAUAAUUACAUUGAAAUUGUAUGUAAUAACAAGAAAUUCUAUAUGAAAUAACCUUAGUUAAAGAAGUGGCGUAUUUAGGGAGGAGGGGCGAUGGGGGCUAUCGCCUCCCUACUAAUUAAUUUGUAUAAGUAUUUGCUAUAUGCAUUUGCUAUAAAUAUAUAUAUAGCAAUAUAAAGCUAUAUGUAGCUAUAUGUAUAUAUAUAUACAUAAAUUUAAUACUGCUAGAAAAGUAUCAUCAGAUACAAAAAUAAAAAUAAAAACACUUCAUGGUAAGAUAAAUAGAGUAGAAUAUAACCUUGUAUAUAAUCAUUUUAGUGUCACCCCCCCCCCACCCCCAUAAAGCUAAGUCAAUACGCCACUGAAUUAAUGUGUACUAAAUAGUAUUAUUCCAAUAUACCUAUUAUAAAUAUACACUUGAAUUGAAAGUUGUAAGUCAUUUACAAACUAUUUAGUAUUUUUUUUUAUUAUUAGUAUUGUUAUUAUGUAAAAAUAUUCAAAUAACAAUUUGUCUUAUGAUAUAUGUAAUCUUAUCUUAGAUAUACAUCACGUACAAAAUCUGGGAGUCCAAUAUCAAAAAGUUCCUCUUCGAAAUCUGAUUUUCGAAGAUCUGGACCUAAAUCUAGAAGUGCUUCCGGUAGUUGUUUAAAAUCUAAUUCACGUUCAGACAACCGUUCUCAGUCCAGUAGCCGCUCUUCUUCUUAA